AAAAAACUUAAAAACCAAAGAAGGAAAAGUAGUCUGUGAGGAAAUCAAAAAGAAAUGGAAACAAUACCACUACUCAAACGUUACAGAAUGGGCAAGCACGAACUCUCUCACAGGGUUGUUUUGGCACCUCUAACAAGAAAUAGGUCAUAUGGAAACGUACCCCAACCACAUGCGGCCCUGUAUUACUCGCAGCGAACCACUAAUGGAGGUCUUCUUAUUACUGAGGCUACUGGAGUUUCCGAAACAGCUCAGGGGUAUCCAGAAACACCAGGAAUUUGGACCAAAGAGCAUGUAGAAGCUUGGAAACCAAUUGUACAAGCUGUUCAUGACAAGGGUGGCCUGUUCUUCUGCCAGAUUUGGCAUGUAGGCAGAGUAUCCAGUUCUGACUUGCAGCCUAAUGGGAAAGCUCCAAUCUCUUGCACUGAUAAGGGAUGCACACCUGGCCUUUACGGAGUGAAUUGGACAGCUCCUCAUCGGUUGAGCAUCGAUGAAAUUGCACAUAUCAUCAAUGAUUUUAAGCUUGCUGCAAGGAAUGCGAUCGAAGCAGGCUUUGAUGGAGUUGAGGUGCAUGGUGCAAAUGGUUACCUUCUCGAUCAAUUUAUGAAGGAUACAGUGAACGAUAGAACAGACGAGUACGGUGGAACCUUAGAAAAACGAUGUCGCUUUGCUCUUGAAGUUGUUAAAGGCAUUGUCGAAGAAGUUGGAGCAGAUAAAGUCGGAGUGAGGCUCUCUCCUUUCGACGAUUAUAUGGAAACAAGCGAUUCAAACCCCCAAGCUCUUGGUGUUUUCAUGGCUGAAUCAUUAAAUAAAUUCGGAAUUUCAUACCUCCAUGUGAUAGAGCCAAGGAUGGACGUCCCCAUGGCAGAUUCUCAGCAAGAAACCCCUCAUAGUAGUUUACCAAUCAGGAAAGCUUUUAAGGGAACUUUCAUUUCUGCUGGAGGUUAUAGGAAAGACAACGGAAACAAAGUUAUCAGUGAGGAUCGUGCUGAUCUCAUUGCAUAUGGUCGUUUGUUUUUGGCUAACCCAGAUUUGCCUAAACGGUUUGCCGUUGAUGCGCCUCUAAAUAAGUACAAUCGUAAUACUUUUCACAGACCUGACCCAACUGUUUUUUUUUUUUUUGAAGGAAAACCUGACCCAGUUGUUGGUUACACAGAUUACCCAUUUUUAGAUCAAGGUAAUUAGUUCAAUUGUCACAUACGUACAAUAAUUGAUUUAGCUUGUUUUCUGUUUUGCCGUGAUCUUGUUCGUGUAUAACUU